AACUACAUUAGACAGCAUCUCUACAUCAGAGCUUUCUGAACAACAGGGCAAUGACACACUUCAGAGUCCUCAGUCUCUGGGUCGUCACCAUUCUCCCUUUGUAUCUGCACACAGGUGAUUUUGCAGAGAUCAUUGAUGGAAAUGAAGUACCACCUCACUCCUUACCCUAUAUGGCCCGACUGGAGGACGGUAAAGGUAAUCUGGUCUGUGGAGGGAUCCUCAUUAACGAGUCAUGGGUCCUGACUGCAGCCCACUGUAAAGAACGGACGGGAUAUUUCUCACACAGGAUCAAGAAGGUCAAUCUGGGUGUGCACUCGGUGAACAAUGAAGCUUUCAGACAACUCGUAGACGUGAAGAAGCAUGUUCCUCAUCCCUACUUCAAUGUUGCAGAGUUCCGCCACGACAUCAUGCUGAUAAAGCUGAAGAACCCAGUGAAGCUGACCAACACUGUGAAAGUCAUGGAUCUACCCAACCCUGUAUCGGAUGUCCCGGCUGGGACACAGUGCUUUGCGGCCGGAUGGGGUCUCACACAGCAGAAUGGUGACCCGUCUGAUGUCCUGCUGUCUGUCAAAGUCACCAUGAUCGACAGGAAGAAGUGUAACUCUCCUAAUUACUACAACUUCUUCCCUAUCAUCACUGGAGGAAUGCUGUGUGCUGGUUACGGACACGAUAAAGCUGGCACUUGUCAGGGAGACUCCGGUGGCCCGUUGGUGUGUAGAGAUAAGCUAAGGGGAGUCGUGUCGUUUGCUGCUGGAUGUGGUCACGACAACAGACCUACAGUGUACACAUUCAUAUCUAAAUACACUGACUGGAUCACUAAAACCAUCCAAACCUCUGGCUGAUUUACAUACAGUUGAAGUCGGAAGUUUACAUACACCUUAGCCAAAUACAUUUAAACUCAGUUUUUCAC